CAAAUAAAUGAUCAAAGUUGUUUAUGAAAGUUUGAAAAGUUUUAAUUUCGUUAUUUUUUUACUUUUAUACAUAUUUAAAUAACAUGGCAUUAAAAUUGUAUUACGAUCUUAUGUCGCAACCGUCAAGGGCUCUGUAUAUAUUGUUAAAAGCAACUAAAUGCAAUUUUGAAUCAAAUUAUGUGGAUUUGCGCAAAGGUGAACAUUAUACCGAAGGAUUUUCAAAAAUUAACCGACUACAAAAAGUACCUGUGAUCGAUCACAAUGGACUUCUACUCUCUGAAAGUGUUGCUAUAAUAAACUACCUAUCCCGAGAAGGUGUCAUACCAGAGACCCUGUACCCAAGAGAUAGUAGAACUCGUGCCUUGGUUCAAGAGUACCUGGAGUGGCAACAUGUUGGCUUGAGACUACAUUGUGCUAUGUACUUUAGAGUUAAGUACCUGGAUCCCAUUUUACUUGGACGGACACCCAGUGAAGAACAGAUAAAAGGCUAUGAGGAGCGUAUGGUUUCUGCAUUACAGUUGUUAGAGACGAAAUGGUUGGGUAGAGGCACUGAUUUUAUUGUUGGUAACAAUGUAACCGUUGCAGAUCUAUGGGCAGCAUGUGAAUUGGAACAACCUAGAAUGGCAGGUUUUGAUGCUAAGGACAAGUUUCCUAAUAUUGCAACCUGGUGGACAAAGGUUAGACAAAACUUUAAUCCACAUUACGAUGAAGCUCACAUUAUCUUGAAUAAAAUUGUACAGAAGCAACAAAAAGCCUCGAAACUAUAAUGUACCAGAACUUUGUAAGCCACUUACU